AACAAUAGGAAUGCAAGUAAUAUUUUUUAUAAUUGCUGCAACUUUUCAAAAGGAUAAAUUGACAGAUUUUGCUGGAGGAACUAAUUUCAUUAUUUUGGCUCUCUUAACAUUCUUUCUUGGACAAAGUGGCAAGCCCACUGCUCCAUGUGGACAAACAGCCGUGUUGUUCCUCCUGUCCCUAGUCUUCGCUGUCCCAACUUCGCUGCACAGUGGCCAGAAUCUUUAAUUUACUGUUCAAAAAAGUCACUGAACAAGAUCAUGCCAGAAUAGUAUAUUGUGCAUCUAGGGAGGAAAAUGGUUGAUUUCCACGAGUGUAGUUUGCAGUUCGAGGCGUAGCGAGCGCACGAGCCGCAGGCGAAGGUUUGCGGUAGUGUGGAUACUAUUGAUGAUGGUAUGAUUGUGUCUGGUAGUAGUAUAGUUACUACUUGUGGUGUACCAGACGUUUAAGACUCACUAUUGUUCAUAGUUUGAUUAAUAUGUAAUACCUAAUAACAACAUCAUCGGGAGGGAUCUGCUCGUCGGAAAAGACAUACUUUUCUCCCGCUACACAGACAUACGAUAGUCGGCAACUCAUGGUAACCAUAUUUAUUUGCCUCUGGGGUGUACGUCUUUCAGCAUACCUAUUGUAUAGAAUCAUGAAAAUUGGACGGGACAAACGAUUUGAUGAUCGUCGAAGAAAUGUCAUACGUUUUGCUAUCUUCUGGACUUUUCAGAUCCUCAAAAACCAUGGAGCCAGUUGAGAAAAUCAUUUAAUAUACACUAUAAAAAUUUGAAUGUUAACUGGUAUUUAUACGGCGACAUGCAAUUCAUAGUUCAGCACAGUAAAAUGCAAAAAGGAGGUAGCAGUGUUCAUUCUCAGCUUUCAGUGCCAGAUGUUAGUUUGGUCGAACUGUCAAAUUCAUCUUGUCAGAAUUUACCUGAUUUACAUGCAAGUAUGGAGACACACUCAAUAUCAGGUGCCUCAACAUCAGGUGCCUCAACAUCAUACGCCUCCACAUCAUACGAUAUGGAGAGAAUUGCAGAAAACUAUGCUUUUGAAAAUGAAGAUAUCAUUAAAGAUGAGGUAGAUUACAUGGAUUAUGACAUUCUUAACUAUGAUAACGAGAUUAUUACGAUUGAUGACGACCCUACACCAAAUGAAAAUUUAGCGUCAUUCUCUCCUCAUCAAUUAUCACCGAUUUCUGCAUUACGUCGAGAAUGCUCUACGCCAUUGCCUCCAAUGCAACUUUCAUCAACGGAAACAUCGGCAGUUUCUGGAACGGAUUCAAAGCUUUUUUCUUCAUUGCGAGCAGCACCUGAAGUUCCUUUGUCGAGUUCUGUCACUCACCAAGUACCUUCAACGGUUCGAACGGAUUCAGGGCCAUUUUCUUUAUUACGAGCAGCACCUAGUGUUCCUUCGCCGAGUUCGGUCACUCGCCAAGAAUGUCCUGCCCAAUUGUCUCCAUUGCAAGCGCUAUCUCCUGGUUACCAAUCAUCACCUGCUUCAUUUCCUCUGAAUUCUACAUCUAGAUCAGAACCUUGGGCGUUUCAUGCAACUUCACAAGAAUUUUCUACCCCAUUCUCUUCUUACCGAUAUUCACCGAAUUCUACUGCUGGUUCUAUCGCAUUACCUUUAGUGCAAGCGUCGACAUUUUCAUCAACAUUUGUUGAUCCAUCACUAUCUCGAAAACAUUCUAGAGUACAGGAUAUUCCGACAAACGAUGUAGCAAAAAAAGCCAAGAUUGUCCCGCCAGUGGAUCGGUUUGCCAGACGAAAGUCUAGGGCAAUGACAAACAAUACUACUAUAGCCGAAACUUUAAAAGCAUCAAGACAAGAUUUGCAUGAAGUAACCACAUGUUUCACCAGUUGUAUGAUUAUACAAAAGCAAGUCUUGGAAAAUCAGUUGAGAAGGGACAAAUAAAUUGAAGAAAUUUAUUUCUUCAUGAAUGGGAUUUAUUGAAUGACGAGGAACAAGCAAAUUUUUUCAACAAUGUGAUAAAAAUAAUGCUAAAAUAUCAAACUGAUUAAAUCAAGUACUUUCUCUUUGCGCAUUUUUCUAUUAGUUAUUUCGACGGUCGAGAAAAAAUUUUAUCAUUUGUUUUCGCAUUUUAAUGCGCGGUAAUAAUAAUUAAACGUUUAUACUAUUUAUUUUUUUUUGUUAAAAAAAUGUUAAUAAUGUUUAUUAUCAUUAAUAAUAAGGUAGCAUAAGUACAUUCACAAGUACUUUC